AUGGUAUUUAAUCAGUUUCAAUCUCUCCUCUUCGCUCUUUCGCCAUGUACACGGUACACCUACGUUGAACUGUGUUGCAUAGUCUUCAGCAAACACAGAAACUGUUGCAAAGGCUCUCUCUUCUUUCUAAUCAAUCCCCUUUGUUGGCCACGUUUAAUAUUCAUUCCUCCGGAUCAAUGAACAAUGGGGUACAUUAUCUUUUGUUUUCCACUUUCCAAGUUCGCCUCCAAAACUUACGACCUCCAUCAACUUGUCAACUUCACCAUUUAGAGGAAAGAGCUCCUAAGGAAUCCUGAUCAGCCACGCCUUGCCAGCGUUUCUCCCAUAUAUAUCGACAACGUCCACCCACCGGCUCAUCUCACUUCAUCUGUGCUAAUUCACCACCAUGGUGUUAAUUCGCUCUUUACCCAUUUACCUCACUCUUUUACUGCUGGAAUACGCAUUACUUGUUCGCAGCGUAUACUCUAGCAAUGCCUUCUCCAGAGUCGUACAACACACCCACCAGAUAGCGGCUAGACAUACGAGAAACAUUGCUCGAGAUUUACGCUUAGCCUUUGGCGCAGUUUUGGUGUCGGACCCAUCUCAACAACCUCUAGACGACGGCAGAGCAGUAUAUUGCAAAUCUAGUGCCGCAGCUGGAAAUGGAGGACAAGGCAAUAACAGUUCCAGUCCAACUGGAACGAAUUCGCAAGGGACAGGCACAUCAACAAAUAGCGCUGCUGCAGGAAGCCCCACCACUUCUGCAGUUUCUACGCCUUGGAAAUUAAUAGAAGCACAUAACGGAUCCGAUUUCUUCCAAGGCUGGUCCUUUUUUACUGGAAGUGAUCCCACACAUGGCGUCGUGGAUUACUUGGAUAAAAACGAUGCUACCAGUGCAGGUUUAGCAUAUGUCAACUCUGCAGGAAAUGCUGUGAUGUCAGUGGACACUACCAACAAUCUGACUAGCAACCGAAAGAGUGUACGAAUUACGACAAGCUCGCAAUAUGACCAGGGAAUCUGGAUACUGGAUGCCCUCCAUAUGCCAACUGGAUGUGGAACUUGGCCAGCUUUUUGGACAAACGGCCCCAACUGGCCAGCUGGUGGUGAAAUAGAUAUAGUCGAGGGUGUAAACACAUACACCAACAAUCAAGCCACUAUACACACCAACCCAGGCUGCACGAUUUCAUCGUCGAAUUCCACCGUCCUUGGUAUUACAGGUACUAUUGUUGGUGGUACUAACUGUGCUGCUGCAGAAACAAACAAUCAGGGAUGCGGUGUUCGUUCGUCGUCAGAUGUAUCUUUCGGUGCUGCGUUCAAUAAAAAUGGUGGAGGGGUGUAUGCCAGCAAGUUAGACGACACAGGUGUCAGCAUACACUUCUGGCCUGCAGGCCAGGUACCAAGCGAUGUCCUUGCUGGGACACCAAAUCCUUCCCUCGCUACCUGGGGAACUCCUUUUGCCCAGUGGUCCUCAAGUGGUUGUAACCCGAAUACAUUCUUUCAUGACCAUUCAGCUAUCUUUGAUACUACUUUCUGCGGUGACUGGGCCGGCUCGGUGUGGACUGAUUCUGGAAUUCCCGGUCAGGAACAAAGUUGUGCUCAAAGUACGGGUUAUCCAACCUGUGAGGCCUUCGUCAUGGCCGAAGGAUCUGCUUUCACUGAGGCUUAUUGGGAAGUCAAGAGUGUGAAGAUCUACCAAUAUCAAUCGUGAAAUGGUUGCAUAGAUAUUUGGAUUCUUUGUAAUUUUACAUGAUAGUGUAAUAUUUGCAUGGCACUGUAAUAUUGAGAACGAGAGGUUCAUAGACUCGAACCAGUAGCUUCGGAUGUUGACACUUUGGAAACUGGCACUCAAAGGUGUCAGUGAUUCUGCAUAUCACUUCUCAGCAGCAGACUGGUUCGAGUCUA